CUGAGGCGCGGGGCGGCGGGGCGCUGCGUGGCCAUGGAGAGGCGGCCCGGGGCCGGGGACGCCCGCAGCCCUGCUCCGUGCCCCCGCACCGCUGCCUAGACACCUGAGGCCACCGACGCCGAGCGGGGGAGGGGAAGAGUCACAGGGGAUCAUGAAUGCCGCUGGUUCCAGGGGCCACUCCCCGGCGUUCCUGCAGCCUCAGAACGGGAGCAGCCAUCGCUCCUCCGGUUAUGUGCCAGGGAAGGUGGUCCCCCUGCGGCCCCCGCCUCCUCCAAAGAGCCAGGCUGCGGCCAAGUUCACCUCCGUCAGACGAGAAGCCCAGGCCACCUUCGCCUUCUCCCCGGAAGAACAGCCCAGCCAGAGAGAAAGCCGGAAGCAGAAGAGACACAAAAAUACUUUCAUUUGCUUUGCUGUAACAAGCUUCUCAUUUUUUGUUGCACUUGCCAUCAUUUUAGGAAUAUCCUCAAAAUACGCUCCAGAUGAGAACUGUCCAGAUCAGAACCCUCGUCUCAGGAACUGGGAUCCAGGACAAGAGUCUGCAAAACACAUUGUUAUUAAGGAGGGAGACAUGUUGCGUCUGACCUCGGAUGUCACGGUGAAUUCCAUAGUCAUUCAGGAUGGAGGCCUGCUUGUAUUUGGGGAUGAUAAAGAGGGAUCCGGAAGCAUCACUCUGAGGACUCGUCACAUCCUUAUCCAGGAUGGUGGGGCGCUUCAUAUUGGAGCAGAAAAAUGCCGCUAUAAAGCCAAAGCGACGAUUGCCUUGUACGGCAAGUCAGACGAAGGCGAAAGUAUGCCAACAUUUGGCCAAAAGUUUAUUGGUGUGGAAGCCGGCGGGACACUGGAGCUGCACGGGGCACAGAAGACAACGUGGACGUUGUUGGCGAGGACGCUGCAUUCCUCGGGCUUGCCUUUCGGGUCCUACAGCUUUGAGAAGGACUUCUCCAGGGGCCUCAACGUGAGGGUCAUUGACCAAGACACGGCCAAAAUUUUGGACAGUGUGAAGUUUGACACCCACGAAUACCACAAUGAGAGCAGGCGACUUCAGGAGUUCCUGCGGUUACAGGAGCCAGGGCGGAUUGUGGCCAUAGCUGUUGGAGAUUCCGCAGCCAAAAGCCUCUUACAAGGAACCAUCCAGGUGAUACAGGACCGGUUGGGAAGUAAGCUGAUCCAGGGCCUGGGUUACAGGCAGGCUUGGGCUUUAGUGGGUGUCAUUGAUGGGGGAAGCGCUUCUUGCAAUGAAUCUGUGAGGAACUACGAAAAUCAUAGCAGUGGUGGGAAGGCUCUUGCCCAGAGAGAAUUUUAUACGGUGGACGGGCAGAAGUUCUCCGUGACAGCCUAUAGCGAAUGGAUUGAAGGUGUUUCUCUUUCCGGUUUCCGGGUGGAGGUCGUUGGUGGAGUGAAGCUUCAUCUGCUGGACGAUGUCAGCAGCUGGAAGCCUGGAGAGCACAUUGUGGUCGCAAGCACAGACUAUUCCAUGUUCCAGGCGGAGGAGUUCACGCUCGUGCCCUGCCCCGAGUGCAGUCGCUUCCAAGUCAAGGUCAAAGAAACCCCUCAGUUCCUGCACAUGGGUGAGAUCCUCGACGGCGUAGACAUGCGAGCGGAGGUUGGAAUUCUUACCCGGAAUAUUGUGAUCCAGGGGGAGAUGGAGCACUCGUGCUACGCGGAAAACCAGUGCCAGUUCUUCGACUAUGACACCUUUGGGGGACAUGUCCUGAUACUGAGGAAUUUCUCGUCAGUGCACCUUUCCCACGUGGAGCUGAAGCACAUGGGUCAGCAGCAGCUGGGGCGGUACCCGCUGCACUUCCACCUGUGCGGAGACGUGGACGCCAGGGGGGGCUACAGACCCGCGACGUACGUGGACGGACUGUCCAUCCAUCACAGCUUCUCCCGGUGCAUCACGGUGCAUGGCACGCACGGCCUGCUGAUAAAGGACACCAUUGGAUUUGACACACUGGGUCAUUGUUUCUUUCUGGAAGAUGGUGUUGAACAGAGAAAUACUUUGUUCCACAACCUGGGGCUCCUCACCAAGCCGGGCACCCUCCUCCCUACCGAUCGGAACAACUCCAUGUGCACCAGCAUGCGGGACAAAGUGUUUGGGAACUAUGUCCCUGUACCUGCCACUGACUGUAUGGCUGUAUCUACUUUCUGGAUCGCCCAUCCCAACAAUCACCUGAUCAGUAACGCAGCUGCAGGCUCCCAGGAUGCUGGAAUAUGGUAUUUAUUUCACAAGGAACCUACUGGGGAAUCGAGUGGAUUGCAGCUCUUGGCAAAGCCAGAACUCACUCCCUUGGGUACAUUCUAUAACAACAGGGUCCAUUCAAGCUUCAAGGCUGGCUUGUUUAUUGACAAAGGUGUCAAAACGACCAACUCGAGUGCUGCUGACCCGCGGGAGUACCUGUGCUUGGAUAACAGUGCAAGGUUCCGGCCUCAUCAGGACGGAGACCCUGAGAAGCCCCGGGUCGCGGCUGUAAUCGAUGGGCUUAUCGCUUUUAAAAACAAUGACCACGGCGCCUGGGUGAGAGGAGGGGACAUCGUGGUGCGGAAUUCCGCAUUUGCCGACAAUGGAAUAGGACUGACCUUUGCCAGUGACGGGAGCUUCCCAAGCGAUGAGGGCUCGAGCCAGGAGGUGUCUGAAUCCCUCUUUGUUGGGGAAAGCAGGAAUUACGGCUCUCCAGCUGGCCAGAACAAGUAUGUAGGCGUUGGAGCAAUAGACCAGAAGAUCCGGACCUUACCUAGGAACAGGACGUUCCCGAUUAGAGGCUUUCAAAUUUACGAUGGACCCAUCCAUGUCACCAGGAGCACGUUCAAAAAGUACAUGCCCAUGGCAGACAGGUACAGCAGUGCCAUCGGCUUCUUCCUGAAGAAUUCCUGGCAGAUAACCCCCAGGAACAACCUCUCCCUCGUGAAGUUUGGCCCGCAUGUCUCUCUGAACGUCUUCUUCGGAAAACCAGGCCCCUGGUUUGAAGACUGUGAGUUGGAUGGUGACAAGAACUCCAUCUUCCAUGAUGCCGACGGCUCCGUGACAGGGUACAGGGAUGUGUAUGUGGGCAGAAUGGACAACUACUUGAUCCGCCACCCCAACUGUGUGAAUGUUACCAAGUGGAACGGUGUGGUCUGCAGCGGGUCCUACGCGCAGGUCUAUAUCCAGACCUGGAGCACCCAGAAUCUCACCAUGACCAUAGCUCGAGAUGAGUACCCAUCCCAUCCCAUGGUGCUUCGGGGCAUCAACCAGAAGGCUAACUUCCAGCAGUACCAGCCCGUGAUCAUGCUGGAGAAAGGCUACACCAUCCACUGGAGUGGACCGGCACCGCAGACUACUGUUCUGUACCUCAUCAACUUCAACAAGAAUGACUGGAUCCAAGUGGGCCUCUGCUACCCAGCCGACACCAGUUUCCAAGUCUCCUUCAGCUUCCUGCAGCGCCACAACCGCUCUUCAUCCAAAAUGGAAGACUACGAGCCCGUGUCCUCCCUCGAAGAGCUGCAGCGGAAGCAGUCGGAGAGGAGAUUCUACUUCGACUCCAGCACGGGUUUGCUGUUUCUGCAUCUGAAAGCCAGGAGCCACAGGGACGGGCACAGUUACUGUUCGUCUCAGGGAUGCGAGAGGGUCAGGAUCCAGGCGACGUCAGAGUCCAAGGAGGUCAGCAACUGCAUGGCCAGAGCGUAUCCCAAGUACUACAGGAAGCCGUCCGUGGCACAGAGCAUGCUGGCCACGCUCGCUGGGCCCUGCCAAGGCUGUGGCACCCGGCAGGUGGUGUUUACCAGUGAUCCUCAUAAGAGCUACCUCCCUGUGCAGUUCCGGUCACCUAGCAAAGCAGAAACUCAGCGUGGAGACCCAUCUGUCAUCUCUGUCAAUGGCACCAACUUCACCUUCCGGAGUGCAGGUGUCUUCAUCGUCGUCCUGGAUGCGUGCAGUGUGCCUUUCCGGCUCACGGAAAAGAAACUGUUCCUUCUGGCUGACAUCAGUCACGUGGGAGAGUAUCUCCAGACCAGCAUCCCUCCAAGGUCGAUUGUUCUGUUGAGCACAAGAGGAGAAAUUAAGCAGUUGAAUAUUUCAGAUGCGUUAGUGCCUCUGGGGUUAGCCAAACCAGCUCAUCUUUAUAACAAAGGGAGUACUGUAUUCUUGGGAUUCAGUGGGAACUUUAAGCCGUCAUGGACUGCCCUGUUUACCAGUGCUGCUGGGCAGGGCCUCGGGGUGCUCGACCAGUUCAUACCUUUACAGCUGAGCGACUAUGACUGCCGCAGAGCCAGCCCAGUCCACAGGAAAGACCUGGAACUGUUGAAGCAAGCUUCCAAAGCACAUUAGAGACGCUGCAGCUGCAGUGCUGGGAAAAGAAAAUGUGAACUAACUUAUUUAAUUUAUGGCAUUUUUAAAAUGACACUGUUAACGCAACAGAACCGUGUUUCUUGUUUGAUACAGAACGGAGAGAAAAGAGUUUAGGGGAUUGCUUGAAAACCAGCUCACGCACCUUCUAGUUGUAAAAAAUGGUAAAGAAUCUAUUUGUAUUUAUCAGGCUGGUGUAUUCUGAGAGCAGUCCUCUUACUCCUCACCUUCCGCCCCAGGGUUCGGCCAUGGUGGAGCAGGGUUGUGCUGUUUGUGUGAAGAGGUGUGGUGUGCUGGGGGCAUCCGGGAGGACCAGCGAGGGUAGCACCUUGGAUACUUGAAGUCUGGCUGAUGCUCAGUUAAGUUGCCCAGCAGUCAGCCUGGGUGCCUGGGGCCCUGUUCUCGGGGGGGCAACCUUUGGGGGUUUUCUGUGAUACCGAAGCAUGGAGUUUUGAAUGGGAACUUGGGCCAAGUUCUUGCCCUGUUUUGGCCAUUCCUUUUAACUCACGUGUGUGGCAGUUGCUUCUAAGGAUUCAGCUGUCACACUGCAAGUGUGUUAGGACAAAGGGGCUUUUAGCUGUUAGAAAUACCUGGAGAGUUAGUGACCACUGG